ACCGCGUGGGUGAGCGUAGAGGCACCAUAGCUCACUCGUCUCCCAUAGAAACAGCCUUCUGUCCUCAGGCCCAUCUGCUAACAUGUCCUCACGUGUCUACUUGCUUGUCCUGGUGUCCUCGGUGUGCCUCUUGGCGGCCGCCGACGAUCCCUACGGGGCGCCCAUCCCCAUCCUGAAGGACGACCGGACGCAGGACGCCUACGGCGGCUACUCCUUCGACUUCGAGUCCGGCAACGGCAUCGUCCGGCAGGAGUCCGGGAAGGAGAGCGACGGACAGGCGAAGGAGGGAGGCUGGAGGUACACCUCCCCCGAGGGCGUCCCCGUCGAGAUCAUCUUCGUGGCCGACCAGGGGGGAUUCCAGCCCCAGGGGGCGGUCAUCCCCGUGGCCCCCCCGCUCCCCUACCAAAGAUCAGGCAAUUAACAAACCAACAAGCACGAUAGCGCGUAUAGGGUAAACAGUCAAAGAAGAAAUUAAUCAAGUAGGAAAAUGCAAAUGAGGAAUCCUAAAUCCUGAACAAAUUUUGAUGUACCGCCUGAAGAGGUACGACUUUCCUAUGGAAACGGGGCUGAUCUAUUUACCUUUUAUUUACUACUAUUAUUAUUUUUAUUUUAUUUUAUUUUUUUAUUAUUAUCUUUUUUUUGUGGCAGCUUUUUUUUAACCCUACAUUCAUUCAGUUUAUUACAAAACUGCAGUGAACAAAUAUCCUAGCUCUUCAGCCAAACAUUUUUUAUGCCAAAUAUCGGGAAACGCUAUUCUUAAUUACCGCAACUCAAUGUUUUGUCGAAAUUCGUAUUUUCACUUUGGUUGCCAUAACUAAGAAUGAUUUGCACAAGAACAGAGUCGCUAACGCUUUAUUUGCUGCAUUUCCACCGCCUAAAAUGUUUGAUUUUGCUAAAUCUAACUAUCUAUCCCUUUCUUUUUAUUCAUGAUUAUCAGUUCUAGUCAGUCUCUGCUUGCGCCCUUUGCACGCCCGCUUUCCUUUGCUUGUGUUGCCUCGCCAUGAUUUUACCAACCUCUCUAAAGGAAAUAUUUGAGCCUAUUUUGGGGUUAUUCUGAGAAAUGUCUUUUGUGUAACUUGUUGUAUGUGAUGUUACUCUUUUGUGAAGGAGCAAAUUCGAAACUGGAAUUGCAGUCGUUGCUUUAUAAAUAAAUUGUUCUAUAUGAAAA